AUGUCUGCCGGAAUCUUUGCAGCUCCUGCAGCGGCUGGUUCUGGUUACCAUGGCUUAAAAGCGAACCCCACAAAGCAGCUGUUUUCUACCAAGGAUUCUGUUGCAUGGAGCCGCAAAACUGUGUCCAAUGGUUGUAAAACUUCUUGUAUGAAGACAUGGAAUCCAAUCAACAACAAAAAGUUCGAGGCUCUGUCCUACCUGCCUCCUCUUUCUGAUGAAUCAAUUGCAAAGGAGGUUGAUUACAUGAUGAAAAAUGGAUGGAUCCCUUGCCUUGAAUUUGAUGAGGAGGGAAGCGUGCGAAGGGAGCACAGCAGGAUGCCAGGAUAUUACGAUGGAAGGUACUGGACGUUAUGGAAGCUGCCAAUGUUUGGAUGCACCGACGCCUCUCAAGUCCUCCAUGAAAUCCAUGAGUGCAAAAAGGCAUAUCCAAAUGCUUACAUCCGUUGCCUGGCAUUUGACAACAAGCACCAGGGUCAGUGCAUGGCUUUUGUCAUUCAAAAACCUAGCAACUAA